AUGGAAGGAAGGGGUAGUGGUGCCGAUAGUGAAGAAAGGGGAGGCGAAGCAGUGUAUGCGAAGAUUUUAGCAGAGAGGUUGGAAAAGGAGAUUGAGGAGAAAAGUAUAAUGCCAGAAAAUCAGGCGGGAUUUAGGAGCAAAAGAGGGACAAUAGACAACAUUUACGUAUUAAACUACUUAGUAAAUAAAAAUAUAGACAAGAAAGGUGGGAAAUUAGUUGCGCUAUUUGUAGAUUUGAAGGCAGCCUUUGAUUCGGUGGAUAGAGGUAUUCUGAUAAAGACGAUGAGAGAGAGGGGGAUUAGAGAGGGUUUGAUAACGAGAGUAGAAAUGGUAUUAAGAGAAACGAAAAGUAGAGUUAGAGUGGGAGACGAGACGGAUGAAGAGUUUUGGACAGGCAGGGGGGUUAGACAGGGGUGUCCACUUAGCCCAUUACUUUUUAAUAUGUUAAUCUCGGACUUAGAAGAAGUUAUGGGGAGGGUCAAGUGGGGAGGAGUGAAGGUGAGAGGGGAGAGGGUGUGUACGUUGGCAUAUGCAGAUGACUUGGUGGCAAUAGCAGAUGAUGAAGAUCAGAUGAGAAGUAUGUUGGAAAGGCUAGAAAAGUACUUAGAUGAAAAGAAUUUAGUGUUGAAUGCAGAGAAGUCGAAGAUGAUGAGGUUUAGAAAAGGAGGAGGUAGGGAGAGUAAGAGAAGUUGGUGGUGGAAAGGGAAUAGGAUAGAAGAAGUGAAGGAGUAUUGUUAUCUAGGAUAUGUGUUACAGAAGAAUGGAGGACAAGAAGCACAGAUAAAGGGUAGAGUGAGAAGGGCAGCGGCAGUGAUGGGUCAGAUUUGGGGGAUUGGGAAGAGAAGGUAUGGAGGUGAUUGGGGAAAGAGGUUAUGGUUGUUUGACAGGCUGGUAUGGACGGUUAUGGGGUACGGGGUGGAGAUAUGGGGAUGGAAGGAGAGAGACAGUUUGGAGAGGUUAAAGGAGAGAUAUUUGAGAUGGGUGAUGGGCUUAGAUUGGCACACGCCGGGAUACAUGAUUAGAGAGGAGAUGCUAAGGGAUAAAUUAAGAGGGAAAGCGGGAAGAAGGGCGUGGAAAUAUGAAAAGAGGUUGGAGGAGGGAGGAGGUAGUGAGCUAGCAAGAAAGUGUUUGGAAGAGAUAAAGCUAAGGGACAGGUCAGGAAAGGAGGAAGGCAUACCAGGAUACCUGAGAAAGGGGUGGGGAGAAAGUAGGUGGAAAAGAAUUAUAAGGUGCAGAUUAGGUAACGAGAUGAGAGGUAGUAGAUACUGGGAGGACGAGGAAAGGAAGAAGUGUAGAUUAUGUGGGAAUAGCGUAGAGACGUGGGAGCAUGUAUGGGAGGAGUGUAGAGAUUGGGCGCGUGUGGUGAUCGAGGAGACGCUGGUCUUGAUCUCGAGAUCUCUCGAGGGAGACGGAGAACACUCCACCCCCGUUGUGUUCGAGCCGGGUGAUCGGGCGUUAAGGAAGAUCCGUAGCCGAGAACUCUCGGCGAAGGCGGAGUACGCUCUACCCUCUGCUACGGAUUUGAGACUAAGAGUUUUGGAUGCGAGUGGUACCGAGAGCUCUCGGUUAAGGCAGAGAACACUCUACCCUAAUUGCCGCGUCGCAGGCUUCUCUGGAUUGUACUCUGUUCGGGAUCGGAUUGUACGGUCGGAUCGAGAAGUGUCGCAGCCUCCACCGGAGCGGCUUUUUAUACCCGCUCGGGUGGAGGAUUGGUGA